AUGGAGGUUUCUGAUCCGAAUGCAUGUUUGCCACCAGGUUGGACUGUGAAAGUAAAUGUGAGAAAGAAUGGUAAGAUAGACAAGUUUUACUUUCCCCCUUCAAGUGAUCGGAAAUUUAAUUCCCUAGUAGGCGUAUUUCGUUAUCUAAACGAUGCUAAGAACAAAGCCAGCAUCCAAAGAGUCUCAAGCAUAGAAAGUCAUCAACAGAUUCCUCGACGUGCAUCAAAGCGUCUUGCUGGAAUUAAGGCCGAUCCACUUCUAGAACUUAAACCAACUCGAGCACGUCGAGACAUAGUGAAACAAUCAGAUAGAUCCACCAAUAGCGUGCUGGGUGAUCAACCGAAACCGUUGAAUACUGUUGAAGGAUCAGAAAUUAUGUUCAAUGUCCAAAGUACUGAAAACACAUUGAAGAACAAUUCUACUGACAGAGAGUGUGUGAAAGUCAUCGAAAACAAAGAUAAUAUUGAUGUGAAGUUAGAUUACACUGAUGAAUUUCCCCUCGACAAAAUACUAACCGAUCCAUGUAUCGCAUUUGCGAUACAAACUCUAACCGGUAUCACAUUCGAGACUCUUAAAGACGCUCAAACCUCUGCUUCAGCUGAAGAGCGCGGUAAGAAAAUCAAUGUCACAAACGAUGAUCCGAAAAAAUUUGCUGUUGCUGAAAUUGACAAGGCAGGACCAUGUUCUGAAAAGAAACAUGAUAUCUCAAAGAAGGCAUUGUCAGGUGUGAAAUUAUGCAAAAGUGAUUACAAUUGCAGUCAAAUCUUUGGUAAAAAAAGCAGGAAUGUUUGUUAG